AUGAGCGGAUCAAAAUCAAACCAAAAUGCUGCUACAUCCAAAUCAACAGCAUCAUCGAAUAUUCGUCAACCACGACAACGUACGGCACAAAACUACUUUCUCAUUUGGGUAGAUGCCAACAUUGAUCAAGCAAACAAGGAUUGCCAAGACACACUCAAUCAACUGAAGAAUGUAGUCAAUAAUGUCAACCUAUGUACUGAACCAAAUCAGUGCAUCCAAGUACUCAACAAGGUUGACAAAGAACACGCCUUCGUGAUAACGUCUGGUUCAUUAGGCCAACAUUUGGUUCCUGAAAUUCAUGGCAUGCCACAAGUAGAUGCAAUUUACAUCUUCUGUGGCGACAAAUCCAGACAUCAAGGAUGGGCACAAAACUGGACAAAAAUUAAAGGCAUACAUACAAACAUCAAAAGCAUAUGUCAAGCAUUGCAACUGGUUGUUAAGCAAUGCGACCAAGACACUAUUGCCGUAAGUUUUCUUACGGUAAAUGAAAUGGCUUCAACUGAGAGUCUAAAUCAGUUGGAACCAAAUUUCAUGUAUACCCAACUAUUCAAGGAGAUUCUCCUUGAUAUUGAAUAUGACCGUAAGGCAAUCAAGGACUUAGCAGCUUGUUGCCGCGAAGCUUUUAGUGACAACUCAAGCGAAUUAAAAAUUAUUAAUGAAUUUGAACGUGAUUAUGAUCCACCAAAAGCAAUAUGGUGGUAUACACGUGAGUGUUUUACCUACAAAAUGCUCAAUCAAGCACUUCGAAUUCUGGAUGCCGAUAUAAUCAUUAACAUGGGUUUCUUCCUACGUGAUGUGCAUCAGCAAAUUCAACAGCUGCACGAACAACAAGUUAAUAGCUAUGGUAAAAAACCUUUUUUAGUUUAUCGAGGACAAGGUCUUAUGCAAUCAGAUUUUGAAAAACUUCAAAAAGCAAGAGGUGGACUUAUGUCAUUUAACAAUUUCUUAUCUACAAGUAAAGAUAAAGAAUUGUCUCUUCAUUUUGCUCAAUAUGCUUCAGCAGAACAAAAUAAGGUGGGCGUUCUGUUUAUAAUGUCCAUUGAUCCUUGUAUUAAGUCAACACCAUUUGCCUCCACCCACGAGGUGAGUUAUUUUAAAGAGGCUGACGAAAUCCUCUUUUCAAUGCACACUGUCUUUCGAGUGAAUGCAAUUAAACAGAUGGACAAUAAAAAUCAACUUUAUCAAGUUGAAUUACAAUUAACAACGGAUGAUGACCAACAAUUACGAUUACUUACUGACCGGAUACGAAAAGAAACUGAUGGUAAGACUGGAUGGGAAAGAUUAGGUAAAUUAUUGCUAAAAAUCGGUCAAUUUAACAAAGCAGAAGAACUCUAUAGCGUAUUACUCGAACAGACAUCAGAUGAGGGCGAAAAAGCGCUUUAUUAUAAUCAGCUUGGAUUUGUCAAAACUGAACAGGGUGAUUAUGAAAAGGCAAUUUGGUAUUACGAAAAAGGACUUAAAAUCUAUGAAAAAACUCUUCCUUCAAAUCACCCUGAUUUGGCUACUUCAUACAAUAAUAUUGGUAAUGCGUAUAACCACAUGGGAGAAUACUCGAAAGCACUUUCAUUUUUCGAAAAAGCACUUCAAAUUCGACAAAAAACUCUUCCACCAAAUCAUCCUGAUCUAGCUACUUCAUACAACAACAUCGGUUUGGUGUAUUACGAUAUGGAAGAAUGCUCGAAAGCACUUUCAUGUCACGAAAAAGCACUUGAAAUCCGACAAAAAACUCUUCCUUCAAAUCAUCCUGAUUUUGCUACUUCAUACAACAACAUCGGUAAGGUGUAUGACAGCAUGGGAGAGUACUCCAAAGCACUUUCAUAUUACGAAAAAGCGCUUGAAAUUCGACAAAGAACUCUUCCUCCGAAUCAUCCUUCAUUGGCUACUUCAUACAACAACAUCGGUUGUCUGUAUUCCAAUAUGAAAGACUAUUCGAAAGCACUAUCACAUUUUGAACGUGCUCUGGAUAUAUGGCAACGUGCAUUACCUGCAACUCAUCCUGAUAUUAAAGAUGUGAAAAAGAGUAUUGAAGUUGUAAAAAAGAAAUUAUAA